GCCGCCCGCAAAACCACUUUGGGGCUUCGGGCAAGCGAGGGAAGGAAACGCUUCCUCGGUGCGCCACCGCUCCUCGCCGUCGCGAGCCGCGACGGGCGCCGCCGCGAGCCGCGACGGGCGCCGCCGCCGCCGCUCCAAAAAUCCCAAUACCCUCCCUACCGCCGAUGCCGCGGCCCGGCCCUGAGCACCCACCGCCGGCCGGGGAGAUGACGGUGGCGGAGCUGGAUUCCGCCGUCGCCGCGCUCCCCGGCAAGAGGGACGCCCUGCGGGAGGCGUUCGACCACCUAGCGGCCUGCUCCCCCUUGCCGCUCCCCUUCGCCUGGGAGGACCUCGACGCCCACCUCUCCUCGCUCCAGUCGUCAAUCUCGCUGCGGUUUCGCCAGGUGCGGGCGCUCGAGGCCGCUCGCCCUGCACCCGCUGCUGCCGCGCCGGGGGGAACUCGCGGCGACGAGACGGGAGAAAACCUGGAGGAGGAAGGGGUGGUGGAAGUGGAGGAGGAGGUCGUGCAAGUAGAGGAAGAGGUGGUGGAAGUGUUGGAGGAGGUCGAGGAAGAAGAGAAGGACAAGGACGAUGAAGAGAUGAAGGAAGGCAGUGAGGACGAGGCAGACGAUAAAAUUGGUAAGGAUGGGAAGGACGAGGAGGCAAGCGAUGAGGUGCUGCAGGAAGAAGAAGUUGAGGUAGCAGACGGUGGGAUUGGCAAUGAUAUAAAGGAUGACAACGAGAUAAUGUGGGAGGAGCAGGAUGCUGGCAAUGAGAUGCAGGUGGUCACUGAGGAGGUGCAGAGUUCCGACGAUGCCGAGAAGGCCUCUCAGGAAAAGGAGAAUGAUGCCAACAUGGAGGUGGAGCAGAGUAUCGAAGAUGUGGAGGCUUCUCAGGACAAGGAGGAGGAUGUGGAGGAUGAGCAGGAUACUGGCAUGGAGGAGGCAGUGACCAAGAAGGCACCCGCAAUGCAGGGCAAGGUGGAAGAGGCUUGUGGCGUGAAGCAGGAGAAACAAGAAGAGCAGAAGGCUCGUGAGGAGGAGGAAGGUUCCAAAAAUGUUACGACAGAGGAGGCAACAGUGGUCAAGGAGGUUUCUCAGGACCAGGGUAAUGGAGGUCUUCCAGGUGGAUUCAGUGAUCCCACUGCAGCAUGUGCAAACAUGGAUGCACAAAGGAUUGUCAAACUCUUAUUCACCAAAAUCGGGCUCAAUUUACAGUUCCACGCUGCACUGCACCGCUCCCCAGAUGCUGCAGCACUGGCUCUCCAUGUAGUUGAGUUAUUCCUACAUGACAAGAUGCUUAAGACCAACAAGGCCUGGGUGAACUGCGUGGGGCUAAUUCGUAUGGUACCCGUAGUUGUUACUGAGCUUUCUGCAGACACGAUUGAGCAGGCCAAGCCAGUGGCUAAGGAUUGGAAGGAGAUGAUAGACAAUUCAGAGUGUUGCACAAUCCUUGGUAGCCUGGCCUCGUGGGGUUUCCUCUACUUCCUUAUCUCCUGUAACAUUGUAUCUGAGUUUGAGACAAAGGAGAUCUUCCAUCUCUUUGCAACCAUGCCGCGCAAACAGCAGAAAAUGAACUAUGCCAUGCUCUUUAAGGAUCUUCGGCUCACCGAUAAAAUCCCAGAGUUAAUGGACUAUCUGAUCGAAAAUGGGCAGCAAGUGGAUGUUUUAUAUUGGGCAUGUGUUUUUAAUUUGGUGGACAAAUAUCCUCCAGUUUCUCUUCUGAAGGGAUAUGUUGAAAAGGCGAAACAGACUGCUAUUGAAAUAUUUCAAAAGAAAAUGACACACGAGUCCCUGAGUGUGGUAGUAAAGGAGCUUGAUAAUCUAAGAAGGGCACAAGAACUAGCUGAGCAGCAAAUCACUGAUUCCAACAUAAGCACCAGUAUUAGGGAAGAAAUCAACGGUUUGUUACGGAAGUUCGAAAAAGGGAAGCGGAGUUUAGCAAAAUCCUAUACUGCCUCAACUUCAAAUUCACAGCAGCAGCAUACGGAGUGCAACAAGAAGCACAAGAAGGAGCAAGAGCAUCAUGAGGGACAAGAAAGCCAGCAGCAAGGGCAACAGAGUAAGCUGGGAGAGAAGCUGGAGAAGAAACUACACAAGCCGCAACAGAAGCAGCAGCAGAAACAAGAAGAUAAGCUGCAAGAGAAGCAACAACAGAGUAAGCAGCAACAUGCGAAACGGCUGAGGCAACAUACUCUCAAGCUACCAGCACGGGUUUCUUCGAUGGCACAGAACGUGCCACUGAGAGGCCACUCUGGGCAUCCACCAAACGCCGCAAUUCAUGGAGUCUAUCACGGUUACUCUGUCCAGCCAGGCUGGCUUGGAGUUCAUUUUGUACCGCCAUUCACACCACAACUUGGAACACCUGAGUACAUAAUACCCUUUAAUCCCCUCUACCCUCAUCCAGAGUUUAAUCCCUGGUAGCUGCAGCUGCUGCACUGGUUCCUCAGCUGCUUAGUGAAACACAGAUUAGGCGUAGGAGUUCAGUUAAGGGAAAUAGCUUGGUAGGAGUUGUGUUUAUUCCAGCAGCUUUUGGCAACAUGUAUAUAUGAUGUGGGUCGCAGUCUUGUUGGUGAUCUUCAAUAUUCUUCUGAGAUAGCACAAUUCUUGUUAUAGUGUUCCAACCGAUUCCUCUGAUCCAGAUCAUCAGCCGUCGAUCCGAACACGACGCAAUAUAGGUGAUUUAUUCGACUUCAUUCUCAGGUCCCUGCCGAGGAAGAUCGCCUGCUGCAUUCUGCUGGAACAAUCAAUUGCCCAGUUUGAAUACUUGAAGGAACUUCUGUUUACACGGUAACCAUGCUGACCAUUCUUGCCCAGUUUCGUUCAAGCAGAAGCAGCAACAGCACAAGGCCACAAGCUGGUGUAUCAGUUGUACAAAUAUUUGUGGGGCGGUUGCUGGUAAACUUAUUAAACCAAAAACAACAAACUACCCAGUGGGCAAGGUCUCAAGGAAAUAUUCCAGUGACCUAGAGAUAGAUGAAGCUUUGAAGAUGGGAGAAGAUGCUGGCCUUGCUUUGGUUAGCUUCAGUUCUUUUUUCAUUUUUUUUGUCAGUAAUGUCUGCAUAAUUAUAUUUUUUUUACGGGAACUACGGCGAGCUUGGAAGCUAGCUUGAACUUCA